CCUAGUUACUGUAUCCGCCACCCAGUCACUAGCUCUAGUCUCCUCAAACUCUAACUGAAGGCUUAAUAACAUUGGAUUGCGACAUGGCAGAAGAAUCACGACAGUCCACAGAGGUGUCGGCCUUGUUGCGAGCCCUCCUGGACAAGGGGAACGCAUACAAUACUGGUGAUACUGUUUCUCCGAAGGAAUUAUACCAGGCAGCUAAAGAGCUUGCCAACGCGCUGCAACCUCCUUUUGAGAGGAUCGCCCAGUUGUCUAUGUAUGAGCCAACAAUUGCCACUGCAGUCCGUGUCUGCAUUCAGCUCAAACUCUUUGACAAGAUGGCUGAAGUCAAAUUGCCGAAGACGGUGGAUGAGCUUGCGCAAAUGACAGGCGCUGACCCAAAACUGUUGCGGCGUAUGCUCCAGCAUCUCGCAACUGCGCAGCUCGUCGACGAGGCAGGACCUGACAACUAUGGUCCCAAUAGUGUGACAAAUACCCUGGCCGAGGAGAAGGCACAAGGCAUGUUCAAGGACUGCUUCGAUGGGCUCUCCAUCGAAAACGCCAAUGUCAUACCGUAUUUCCGUACACAGCUGGGCGGCUUCAUUAACCCCACCGACAAGGACAAGACGUUGUUCAAAUUUUCACACAAGACGGACCAGCACUACUUCGACUGGAUCUUCCAGCCGGGAAACGAGGAGAGGAAAACUGCCUUCCUCAACCACAUGAAGCUCAAGACGCUCGGACCCCGUUGGUUCCAGGAGGUGCCGGUCGCGGAGAUGCUAGCCCCGGCGUGUGGCCCUGAUGACGUCCUGCUCGUAGACAUAGGCGGCGCGACAGGGCAUGACCUCGAGGCAUUCCACACAGCCUUUCCCGACAUGCCCGGCCGGCUCAUCCUGCAGGACCUGCCCGGCGCUAUCGCCGAGCUCGAUGCCCUGGCACUGGCACCCAUGGAGGCCAUGGCGUACGACUUUUUCAAACCCCAGCCGGUCAAGGGGGCUCGCGCCUACUACCUUAAGAUGGUGCUGCAUGACUGGCCUGACGCACAGUGCCGGGCGAUCCUGGAGAGCCUGAAGCCCGCGCUUGUGCGUGGGCAGAGCAAGAUCCUCAUCAAUGAGAUUGUGGUUCCAUCAAUGGGCGCGGGAUGGUUUGAGACGAGCGUGGACAUGCUCAUGAUGAUGUUCCACGCCGCGUACGAGAGGCGCGAGAAUGAGUGGCGAGAAUUGAUUGAGGGAGCAGGACUGAAGGUCUCGAAGAUCUGGCAAUGCGGAGAGGCGGUGGAAAGGUUGAUUGUCGUGGAGUUGCCGUGAGAAGACGGAAGGCUGUGAGGUGAGUCCCAGGGUUAAGAAACCAGAGAGCUGCAAGAGGAAAAUGAUAACGAAUUCAAGUCAGCAGGAAUACAAUGAAUGAAGAGUCAGGUUCAAGGCAGUUUACAAGAAGUUCAUCACAACUCCCUUUGUCUCCCGUCAAAAUUGCAGUAAUUACUUGAUAAUUAGUAGUUAGACAACGAAGUCAGUGCCUUCUCUUA